UAUCUUAAGUGUUACGUGAUAGCAACAGUUCUUCAUUGUAUUUAUUUUUCCUCAUUCCAGAAGAGUUUCGUCUUCAGCGCAGGUCUGGCACACAUUUAAGACCAGUGAAAAUCUGCAAACCCGCAUUAGGAAGAAGAGCAGAAGACACAGUCUGAGAAGAUUUUGCCAUCAUUUACUUGAUCACCAUGAGAUUGUCUUCAGUUUCACAACACCUGCUGGUGUUCAUAUCAGUCUUGCCACUUGUCCUCUCUUUUGACCCCUGCUUUAACUACACUGUACUGGAUGAAUCAAGGAGAUCUACAAGCAAUGUCGAUCCCAAUCGACUUCCCUCUAAGACAUUUUGUGACUAUCAUAUCCCAUGGAAUGGCUGGUAUCGUCUCUUCAUUAAUGGUCAGAGUACUCAAAUGGCAGUCUCAUCGGCUCCUUUGUAUAGUUGUGGCUCUUAUUAUGCACUGGUGCUGGUGGGAGGACAUCCAACAGUUCAGGAUGGAGUGGUCUCUCGAACUGUCUGCGGUUCUUCGGGUAACGGCUGCGCUUUCGUGUCUAAUUCCAUCACAGUCAAAGCCUGUUCAGGAGGUUAUUAUGUCUAUGCAUUUGUCCGGCCUGUUGGCUGCAUUGAGGCAUACUGUGCAGAUGCAAGUUUUAUAACUGUUCCUCCAGUGUCAACUACGCCAGCACCAGGAAUCUUCUACCCAUUCGGUUCAGCUGCAUUCGAUACAAUAAAUCCUACUUCGGAUGAAGGAAGCUCCUCUGCUAUUACACUGUUGAGUCCAUUUCAGUUCUUUGGCCGCACAUACCAGCAGAUUUAUGUUAAUAAUAAUGGACACCUCACAUUCAGCCAGGCUUCAACACAGUAUGCUCCUUACUCAUUUCCAGCUAAUGGAAGUCAAGAUAUUAUUGCUGGACUCUGGACUGACCUUGAUAGCCGUCAGAGAGGAGUCAUCUCUUAUAAUCAGUACACUAAUGGAAGUGUUCUCACUCGCGCCACUCAGGAUAUCAACACUUAUUUCCCAAAUCUGAUCUUCACUGCUUCUUGGGUCGUAGUUGCAACGUGGAAUAAAGUUGCCUACUAUGCCUUAACCAACACAGAAACGUCGUUUCAAGUGAUUUUAAUUUCAGGCAGUAAUUAUUCAUUUAUUUUGAUGAAUUAUGGAGACAUUGCUACAACAGGACUUCAGGUGCAGGCUGGUUUUGACACCAUGAACUCCACAGAUUACUUUGUGAUUCCUGAUUCAAACAGCGGGAGCUCAAUCUCAAACCUCAAUGCCUCCAGUAAUGUCAAUGAUCUAGGCCGAUGGGCCUUCAGGGUGGAUAGUGGAACACAGACAGUGACAACAACACCAGCACCGACAUCAACAAUUGAGACCACAACAACAACUGCUCUAACAUCAACACCAGAGAUGACAACAACAACUGCACUAACAUCAACACCAGAGAUGACAACAACAACUGCACUAACAUCAACACCAGAGAUGACAACAACAACUGCACUAACACCAACACCUGAGACGACGACAACAACUGUACUAACAUCAACACCUGAGACGACAACAACUGCACUAAUAUCAUCACCCGAGACGACGACAACAACAACUGCACUAACAUCAACACCUGAGACGACAACAACAACUGCACUAACAUCAACACCAGAGAUGACAAAAACAACUGCACUAACAUCAACACCUGAGACGACAACAACUGCACUAACAUCAACACCUGAGACGACGACAACAACUGCACUAACAUCAACACCAGAGAUGACAACAACACCUGAAACCACAACAACAACUGCACCAACAUCAACACUUGCAACGACAACAACAUCCGCACCACCAACAACAUCUGCACCACCAAUACUGGCAGUUGUUGGACUUAAAGUGACGUUUACUACACAUCUGGAUCUCACUGACAGUGCCAACCUCAAGUUAAUUUUACAGCAAGUGAAACAGCAGCUGGUCUCUUACUCUCUCCCAACCAGCGUACAGCUGGGUUUAAGAAGCCUGCAAAAAUUACAGUAAAUUAUUAUUGGUUUUCUUCAAGUAAAGAAUAUUAUGAAAGCAUUGUAAAAAUCAUUGUCCCAAACCUUAUUAUUUAAAGGUCUAACAAUUUAAAAAGAUGUAACAUUGUUAGGGGUUUAACAGUACAGAUUAGUCACAGUUUGGUACGUACCUCGGUUUUGAGGUCACUGUUCGGUACAUGUGCGGUACAGCAGGGAUAAUGCAGUAACAAAAAAAAAAAAAUCUGUUCUGUGUUUAUUUUUAACAGGCAGAUGUGUUUUAUCGCAAUCAGCUAGAGUACUUCCUGUGAUGCAAAAGUACAAAAUAAAUAGAAUAAUGAAAAAUAAACCUUUAUGAUUAGGAAACUGUGUUAUAAUCUUUCAAAAAUUCAAAGUUCAGCCCUUUCCUAAAACGACAGAAAAACAAUAACUGUGCAGGAUUCAGUAAGCUUCAAAACUGAAAUCUCUUUUAAUGAAGAUAUCUCCGCUUUGUCCAUCCAUAACAGCGGGUGCAGUGGACUACAACUGUUCAGUCUUGUGCGUGUGUGUAGAGAAAGAACUCAUGUGUGUGUGAAAUGAGACAGAAUCUUAUAUUUUCGUAGUUUUUUUUACGUAAACACUGUUGACAGAUGUGCAUGACUUGCGUCUUCUGCAGCUCCUCGCACAUGAGCACUGCGCUUUUUUAAAAGGCAUGUCAAGAUAAAACAGUUUCAACCUGCAGCAGCGCUCAUUACUGUCAGUUCCAGAGCAGUGGACCAAUCCGUGGCUCGAAUAGCAUUGCGAGCUUCUGUGUAGAAAGUUGGCACGACAACGCCAACAUUCAAUUCAGCUUUAUUUGUAUAGCACUUUUACAAUGUAGAUUGUGUCAAAGCAGCUU